AUGGACAAUGAGAUUCCUCUACCGCCGCAGCCUCGCGUGCGACACCGGUCCCCCGCUAAGCCAGGCGCCGGCUCGACCUCGUCGUCGCUCCGAAACACGUACCGGUUCUCCCGCGUAACCGAUGACCGUUCCAGCCUGCCCUCGAGCGACCCGGCGCUGUUCUCCAGCGACGACAUCCCCGCGUCAGGAUUGGAGAACUACACCACCGGUACGGGCAGGAAGCGCCGCUAUCGAGGCACGUGGUGGGGGGAGACGCUGAUGGAUCCGAAGAGGAAGCGCGCGGAUUUCAAGGAGAAACGCAACGUCGACAGCGGGGUGUGGAUGGGGAGUGACGAGUCGUCGUUUCUUCCGUCCGAUAAUGCCCCGGCGUGGGGGGAGGAUCUCUUGAAGAAUAUCGGUGAGACGGCGGGAACUACGACUACUACUAUUGCACAGCAAGGGGGUCUGUCAUCAGAUAACGACUUCAAGUCGACGGUGGCUACGCGUGCGACGUUCAAGAAGGCCGAGGAGCCGCGGGAACAUCGCCUCGCUAGAGCCAUUGUCAACGAGUGUUUGGAGAAGGGCCAGGAUAGUGUCGACCUGAGCAACGGCUUGUUGAGAUCAAUCCCCCCUGGUUUACUGCAACCCCUGCAGCUGCUGACAAAGCUGCCUGCCAUCACGGAGGCUCCCAUCACCGAAGAUGGCUACUCCUCUCUCGAACCAUUCCUGCGGCUGUUCCUCUCCGGCAAUGCCCUAACCGUGCUGCCGGGGGAGAUCUUCGAGCUCGCGACCCUCAAGGUCCUGAGUUUGCGGAAUAACAAGCUGACCAGCAUCCCGACAGCAGUACGGAAACUGACCAUGCUGCAGGAGAUCAACCUGUCCAUGAACCGGCUGGAGUGUCUCCCGUGGGAGUUUCUCUGGCUGAUCCGCAAAGGUGACUUGAAACACAUGAUCGUGCAUCCGAACCCUCUCCUGCAGAUCGGCGACGCGGAGAUCGCUGUCUGGCAUUAUCCUCGGCCGGAAAAUGAUGAUCUUCUCCGUCUGGCGGAGUAUGAGGGCCCUGCACCGGAGGAGUCCUGGGCACCCAUCCACAUUGCGACCGGCCCCGUGAAGCGGUUCAAUAUGGAAGGAUUUCCGGUUCUCAACCGACAGAACCAGUCUCGAUAUCUCCAAUCCACCACAACGGAACCUAUCAAUUCUCGCGUCCCAUCCCUGCGCGAAGUCUCCCUGCUGGCCUUCUCCAGGUCGCCGUACGUCGACCAAAUCUCCGACGCUGAGAUGCCACUGUACUUCCCCGAACUGAUGGCCCGGCUGCUCCGGCAGGCCAAGCAGGUCAAAAACGCCGGCGGGCGCAGCUGUUCCGUCUGCCACCGCAGCUUUGUCCUGCCUCGCACCGAGUGGGUCGAGUGGUGGGAUUGCAGCACGUACGAGAACGGCCUGAAGCGGCCGCGGGCCUCGAGAGAGGUGCUGCGGCCCUUGCCUUUCCAGCGUUUCGGGUGCAGCUGGGCGUGUUCACCGAGUAGUGUCUCAAGCAUUCCAUUGUAA